UUUUUUUUUUUCUUUUUUGUUUUUCUGGUUUCUCUUUCAUCUUCAUUCCUGUAUUUCUCUCUUAAACCCUAUUUCAGGUAAGUUGUACUAAAACAGCCCAAAACCACAACCCUCUCUCCUUAAACACUGGUUUCUUUAUAUAAAGCCAAACUAAUUAGCCCUUCUUUCAUCAAUUCUCCAAGAACUGCAAAACGCUAGCUAUAUAGAGUACAGACCUCAACUUCCAUGUACAUGUGCAGAGGAAGAAAAUUAGAAAGAGAAGAGUUAAAAUGGGAAUCGGCGAGAUCCUAGUGGGCGUUAUAAUCUUGGUACAGUGAGGUGUUGAAAAUUAGCCUGUGCGUGUGUCAAAGGGGUGGGGAUUUGAGUCAGCGUCAACUCUUUUUGUUUUCUUUUUUUCUUUUUCUUCCAGUUUCUUGUCUUUUGGCACGUCAGAUUAUAAAGGCUUAAGACUUUUUCUUAAGAGAGAGAGAGAGACCUAAAACCAUAGUCGUUUCUGCUCGUUUGCUAGUUGUAUUAAUCUCAUUAGGUUUUGCUCAGACACUUGCAGGGAAUCUAUUAAAACCCUAUAACAAACUGCACAUGUCCAAAUAACCAACUGGGUAACCUUACGAGAGAGAGAGAGAGAGAGAGAGAAGGAGAGAGAUGGAUGCUGCUUAGGGUUUUUGGGGAUACUGAGAUAAUAUGCCUUAAAGAAUGAAGUUCAAGGAGUAAGAAAAGUUGACGGAUUCGAGCAAUAACCUUCGCGGCUAAGCAAUCAGAUGAAAACACCAUAUUCGGUGUAAAAUUUAAAUUUUAUCGAAGUUUUAUAUUCAGUAUGUUCCAACCAAACAUGUUUGAAAGUCAUCAUUUGUUUGAUAUGAGUAUGACCCCAAAGAGCUCUGAGAAUGAACUGGCGAAGCUGAAAGAUGAUGAUUGUGAGACCAAAUCCGGCACUGAAACCACUGAAGCUCCUUCCGGAGAUGAUCAAGAUCCUAACCAGCGCCCUAAAAAGAAACGUUAUCACCGCCACACCCAGCGACAAAUCCAAGAGAUGGAAGCUUUCUUCAAAGAGUGUCCUCACCCAGAUGAUAAGCAACGGAAGGAGUUGAGCCGUGAAUUAGGGUUAGAGCCUCUGCAAGUCAAGUUUUGGUUCCAGAACAAGCGUACACAAAUGAAGGCUCAACAUGAACGAACAGAAAAUUCAAUUUUGAAGUCUGAGAAUGAAAAACUUCGUGCGGAGAAUAGUAGGUAUAAGGAAGCCCUUGGUAAUGCCUCAUGCCCUAACUGUGGUGGCCCAGCAGCUCUUGGUGAGAUGUCUUUUGAUGAGCAGCAUUUGAGGAUUGAGAAUGCUCGUUUAAGAGAAGAGAUUGACAGGAUAUCUGGAAUUGCUGCAAAGUAUGUGGGGAAGCCUUUAUCUUCUUUGUCUCAUCUUCCUUCCCAUUUAUCUUCAAGGUCUCUUGAUCUUGGAGUUAGCAAUUUUGGAGCACAACCGGGCUUUGUGGGAGAAAUGUAUGGAGCUACUGAUCUUUUGAGAUCAAUCACCGGCCCUACUGAGGCAGAAAAGCCUAUGAUAGUUGAACUUGCAGUUGCAGCAAUGGAGGAACUAAUGAGAAUGGCGCAGGCGGGAGAACCCUUGUGGGUUCCUGGUGAGAACAGUACUAGCGAAGUGCUUAAUGAGGACGAAUAUUUGAGAGCUUUUCCAAGGGGAAUUGGGCCAAGGCCUUUGGGAUUAAGAUCAGAAGCUUCAAGGGAUUCUGCAGUCAUUAUUAUGAAUCAUAUAAAUCUUGUUGAGAUUCUAAUGGAUGUGAAUCAAUGGUCUACUAUGUUUUGUGGUAUUGUAUCCAGAGGGAUGACCUUGGAAAUACUUUCAACUGGUGUAGCUGGGAACUAUAAUGGAGCCUUGCAAGUGAUGACAGCUGAGUUUCAAGUCCCUUCACCACUUGUUCCAACUCGAGAAAAUUACUUUGUUAGGUACUGUAAACAACAUGUUGAUGGGACAUGGGCAGUGGUUGAUGUUUCAUUGGACAAUUUGCGCCCUAUUCCAAUAUCCAGGAGUAGAAGAAGACCUUCGGGUUGUGUAAUCCAAGAAUUGCCAAAUGGUUACUCAAAGGUGAUAUGGGUUGAGCACAUUGAAGUAGAUGAUAGAUCCCUUCACAGUGUAUAUAAGCCACUAGUUAGUUCUGGUGUUGCGUUUGGAGCAAAACGAUGGGUUGCUACCUUAGAUCGACAAUGUGAACGUCUAGCAAGUUCAAUGGCCAUAAACAUUCCAGCAGGAGAUCUCUGUGUGAUAACGAGCCCAGAAGGGAGAAAGAGUAUGUUAAAACUAGCGGAAAGAAUGGUAAUGAGCUUUUGCUCUGGUGUUGGUGCUUCCACUGCACACGCAUGGACAACAUUAUCUGCAACAGGUUCUGAUGAUGUUAGGGUCAUGACAAGAAAGAGUAUGGACGAUCCUGGCAGGCCUCCUGGUAUUGUACUUAGCGCAGCAACUUCUUUCUGGAUUCCAGUUCCUCCUAAGAAAGUAUUUGAGUUCCUAAGUGAUGAGAAUCAUCGAAGCGAGUGGGAUAUCCUUUCAAAUGGUGGCCAAGUUCAAGAAAUGGCUCACAUUGCUAAUGGACGCGAUCCAGGAAACUAUGUUUCUUUGCUCCGUGUGAAUAGUGCAAAUUCAAGCCAAAGCAACAUGCUGAUACUACAAGAGAGCUGCACAGACUCUACUGGAUCGUAUGUCAUAUAUGCACCAGUAGACAUUGCAGCAAUGAAUAUAGUGCUGAGUGGAGGAGACCCAGAUUAUGUAGCUCUCCUUCCAUCAGGUUUUGCUAUACUUCCUGAUGGACCUGAAUAUAACCCAGGAGGGAGUCUUGAUGUUGGUUCUGGUGGUGCUUUACUUACUGUUGCAUUUCAAAUAUUAGUUGAUUCAGUUCCAACUGCAAAACUCUCUCUUGGAUCAGUAGCAACAGUAAACAAUCUAAUUAAGUGCACAGUUGAAAGGAUCAAGGCUGCAGUAUCCAGUGAUAAUAAUGCAUGACUAAUUGAAGACCCUUACAUGCGUGAGAAAAUAAUAACGGGAAAGUACUACAAGGAAGCUGAUGUUUGCAUCGAAAAGAAGUCAAGAACGCACCUUAGCUGAUCCUUCACCACCCUGCAAGGGUUAUGGGUUCGGGCAUUGACUUCGGCUAGCAAAGAUCCAUGAAAGUGAACUUAGUAUCAGACCUCGUUAUAUUAUUAUAUAUAUGUUAAUCUAAUUUCCCGUUUAAUCACUUCUGGUUUUUCGAUAGGGAUAAUUAGGUUUAGCGUGUUAUAAUCUAGAAGCAAGCUACCCACUUAUUUCAAUUGUAAUUCCCUAAUCUGUCUUUUCAUCUGUAGUUUAGUUGUAAAAGGAUAUAGGCCUUAGUAGACUGCUCUGCUUAAUUACUAAUUAAUAAACUAUGGUUAAUUUCCUCU